AACUUUCCAAAAAGCCCCUUAUCAACCUAAACUCAUCAUGCCUCCUAGAAGACAAAAUCCUUCUCGUCAACGAGCUGUUCGGGACAUAGAAAUGGAAGAACUAUGUCAACAAAUUCAAAGGCUUCAAGAAAGACUCGAAGCUUUUGAGGGACAGCAACCUCAACACCCGCAAGAUGAACCACAUGAGUCAGAGAAAGAUACUGAUGACGAGAAUCCCUUCCAUAACCUAAGGGAUAAUGAAAGCUCAUCAUCAACAAAAAAAGUUCGUCGUCGACGUCGUCCCCAACAAAAUGCUGCUCCCAAAUCCACUGACCUUGGAAUCAAAAUUGAUAUUCCAGAUUUUGAAGGUCGCCUUCAACCAGAUAAAUUUAUCGACUGGUUGCACACUGUGGAGCGUGUGUUUGAACUCAAGGAUAUUCCUGACGACAAGCGUGUGAAGCUCGUCGCCAUCAAAUUAAAGAAGCAUGCAUCCAUUUGGUGGGAGAAUCUCAAAUGUAGUCAAGAAAGAGAAGGCCGCAACAAAAUUAGAACUUGGGAGAAAAUGCGUUGGGAAUUCACUCGUAAGUUUUUACCUGACCGUUACUACCAAGAUAAUUUUGUUAAAUUUCAUAACUUGCAACAAAAAUCUUUGACUGUGGAAGAAUAUACUAUGGAGUUCAAACAAUUAAUGAUGAAGUGUGAUGUUCAGGAAAAGGACGAGCAAACCAUAGCUCGAUAUCUUGGAGGGUUGGACUAUGACAUUUCCAAAGUUGUUCAACUUCAACAAUAUUGGACUUUGGAUGAUGUAAUUCGGCUAGCAUUGAGGGUUGAAAAGCAAAUCUCAAAGAAGAAAAUCAUUAGUGCUUCAAAACCGUGGGAUUUUGGAGCCAGCAAAGGGACUCAAGCCUCAAAAACUACUGCUAAGACCCUUGCCAAGAUUGAGAAGGAAGAGAGUUGUCACCAUUAUCAGAGGAGAAAUUCCUUAAGCUCAGAAGAUGAAGCAGAAAAGGAGCAAAAUGAUGAAACUGAGUCACCCCAACUUGAGGAAGAACUCAUCCCAGCUGACCAUGGAGAAUCUUUGGUUGUGCGUCGUAGUCUACAUGCUACCAUAACCAAGGAUGAAGAUUGGCUUCGACAUAACAUCUUUUACACCAUAUGCACUUCUCGAGGGAAAGUCUGCAAUGUCAUCAUUGACAGUGGAAGUUGUGAGAAUGUUGUGUCAAAUUAUAUGGUUGAAAAGCUAGGUCUGCCUGUCAAAGAUCAUCCCCAUCCAUACAAGUUACAAUGGCUACGAAAGGGAAACAAGGUAAAAGUAACCAAAUGUUGCCUUGUCUCUUUUUCUAUUGGCAACAGGUACCAAGAUGAAGUAUGGUGUGAUGUUAUUCCUAUGGAUGCUUGUCACUUGUUACUUGGUCGCCCUUGGCAAUUUGACCGAAAGGCUAUCCAUGAUGGCGAUGCCAACACCUACUCGUUUGUGAAAGAUGGUGUGAAGGUCAAGCUCACUCCCUUGAAGCCUGAAGAAACACUUGAAAAGAAGGAUGAGGACAAGGCUUUAAUCUCCAGAUCAACCUUUCAGAGGUUGCACCAAGAGUCGGGGAUAGCAUGUCUCUUACUAUUAUCCAAAGUAAAUGAUACCACCUGCCCUUUUUCAGAAGAAAUUCGAUUUUUCCUUGAAGAAUUUUCUGAUGUUGUUCCUAACGAGAUCCCUCUUGGAUUACCACCAAUGAGAGACAUUCAACAUGCCAUUGAUUUCAUCCCAGGAUCUGUCAUCCCAAACAAGCCUGCUUAUCGAAUGAACCGUCAAGAGUAUGCGGAACUUCAACGACAAGUCAAAGAACUGAUGGAGAAAGGACUUGUCAAGGAAAGUGUUAGCUCAUGUGCCGUGCCUGUGCUACUCGUCCCAAAGAAAGAUGGAACUUGGAGAAUGUGUGUAGAUACUAUUGUCUUCUCAAAGAUUGAUUUGAGAAGUGGAUAUCACCAGAUUCGAACGUGUCCCGGUGAUGAAUGGAAGAUAGCAUUCAAAACUAGAGAUGGUUUGUACGAGUGGACGGUGAUGCCAUUCGGAUUGUCAAAUGCUCCCAGCACUUUCAUGCGCUUUAUGAACCAGGAGCACUUAGACCAUCUUCGACAAGUUUUUGAAGUCCUUAGAGAACAGAAACUUUAUGCUAAUCUCAAGAAAUGUUCAUUCCUCACUACAAGUGUGACAUUUCUUGGAUACAUCAUCACUACUCAAGGUAUCAAGAUGGACCCCAAUAAGAUUGAUGCUAUUGUCAACUGGCCUACACCAACAUCAAUGCAUGAUGUUCGAAGCUUCCAUGGCCUGGCAUCUUUUUACCGGAGAUUCAUCAAGAAUUUUAGUUCUAUUGUUGCCCCUAUUACUGACAGCCUUAAGGGUGACAAAUUUUCAUGGAGUGACAAAGCCUAACAGAGUUUUGAAGAAUUAAAGAGAAAGCUCACUGAAACCUCUGUACUUGCACUUCCCAACUUUGACCUAAUGUUUGAAGUAGAUUGUGAUGCUUCUAAUGUUGGAAUUGGUGCAGUGUUAAGUCAA